UGUAUUAAUGCAUAUCGAAACAGUACUUUGGAGUUGGACUCCGAGAGAUCGAUUUGCUUACACCGUUCACAAACGACGUUCGUUCACUCUGUCCUUGUCGGAGGGGUCUCCGGUGCCGUAAGGCUCCGAUCUGCUGACGUUGUUGUCGCCGGCAAUCAUUGCCUGACGAAUCAAGAGCUUCGUCGUUGAAUUGAUCGCUUCCUUUACUUUGCAGUCUCUGCUCUUUGAGUUUAUUCCAGAAACCAUGCAGUUCUUUGGUGGGUCAGAAAUUAGUCCCUCGCCUCCGGUACCGACAGCGACUGGAAACAAUGUGCAUAUGAUGUAUAUUUUCAAUAGGAAUGGAGUUUGCUUGUUCUACAGGGAGUGGAAUCGGCCUCUCCGGACAUUGAAUCCCCAGCAAGACCAUAAACUUAUGUUUGGUUUGCUCUUCUCCCUUAAAUCCUUUACUGCCAAGAUGGACCCAACCAGUGUUGAUAAAGGAAAUCUUGGGGUGCCUCAAUUACCUGGCCAAGGUUGUUCAUUUCACAGCUUUCGUACUAAUACCUACAAGCUCAGUUUUACUGAAACUCCAUCAGGGAUAAAGAUUAUCCUGGUUACCCAUCCUAGAACCGGUGAUCUGAGGGACCCAUUGAAGUACAUCUACAACUUGUAUGUUGAAUAUGUAGUGAAAAAUCCACUCUACAGUCCAGGAACUCCAAUCAGGUGUGAGCUAUUCAAUACAAGUCUUGACCAAUAUGUAAGAAGUAUAUUGUAGAAAUCAGAGGUAGCGACUACUCUGCCGAUUUAGUUUCAUUCAAUUUGUAUGCUUUGUCUAUCUUUUAUCUAUGAAUGAAUGUGAUUCACUGGAUAAUGGUGCAGUUGCAGGCAAUUAAAAUGCCUACAUGGGAGUUUCUAUUUGUUUUCUAUUGGUUUGACUGUAGACAGUGCACCGGUAUGAAUUAUUCUAGCUAAUCUUUUACCUUUC